GUAGUCCUGAAACCUAUUUGGGAUGUAUUGAAAAAUAUAAAGUUAAUAAACUAUUUGUUGUCCCCAUAAUGGUUGAUCAGUUGGCAACUAACCCUCUAGUGGAUCAACACGAUGUGUCUUCAAUCGAAGAGAUUUACUCGCCGGGUAGCACAUUGCCACAACCUAUCCACGACAAAGUUGUGAAAAAGUUCAAAAUUAAAUCCGUACGUCAAAUCUACAGAGCUACCGAAAUUGGGGCCGCCGUUUGCAUUUCCCCACUUGGUUCCUUCAUACCAGGAAGCUGUGGCAAAGUAACUCCAGGAAAUUCCCUCAAAAUCGUCGACAUCAACACUGGCGAGCUGCUGCGUUACAACUAACGUGGAGAAAUCUGCAUUAAGGCGGCUACCAUGAAAGGUUACCUCAAAGAUCUCGAAAGCACGCGAGCAGCUUACGACGCAGACGGGUUUUACCGAACGGGAGACGUAGGCUACCACGAC